AUGCGUGCUGACGCCAAUGCACUGCCAAACGAGGGUAUCCUGGGUGGAAGCGAACUUGGAGAGAAGUUCUACUUUGCCAUCGGCAGCGCACUGUCUGCGAACGGAGAAUGGAACAGCAUGACCUACAAGCAGCUAGAGCAUGAGGCUCGCGUGCUGGGCUUGCUGGGCCCUUUCGAAAAUCACAGCCAUUCCGCCUUCAAGCUGAGGCUGAUGCUGGCCUGCGAGGCUAAGAGGAAUGAGGAGGAGGGAAAACACGGCCCAGGAGCCCACAGCUACAUAUUCUGCAUCGCUCUGCUCAGACAUUCGUUCUUCUCUCCACACAGCUCUUGGGCUCUCUUCAACCAAGCACUCACGCACCUGCACAAGUCGACCACGCGCGACAGCUACCUUCCAAACACUUCGCUCUCAAAGCCUACAACACACCAAACAUACACGCUCGACUAUCAGUAUGGCUUCAAUGCCGCCUCUUUUUCGACAUCGCCGGCGAGUGCCAUCCAGACCCCUACACAAGCGGUCUUAUCAGCUCGCCGCUCCCCUGAGUAUACCAUCGGCGCUCCUGGACCGUCCUCUCUGGACACUAUCGCGCCUCGAUCCCGACUUCCACGCCCCAUCUCUCCUCCUUCUGUCGAGCACCGGACCACAUAUGCGUCCGCCGCUGACCGGACUCACAACCGCGGCUACAGCAAAUUUGGUUCACCAGCCGGAGAGCCUUUGCCCUCUCAGACUGACGCGUUUGCUGCGUCGGAGUAUGCAGUGUCUCGAGCCCCUCCACCUCGCUCAAGGCGCGAAUCUACGCCAGGCACAUACACCUACGUACCUGGCUACCGUUCUCGCCCGCUUCCACGGGACUUUCGAGAUGCCAACCGCUCUCGACGUGAAAACCGUCGCCGAGCUGAACACGGCACUUCCUCCAGCCCUCGAAGCGAAAAUAACUAUCGCGCUCGCUACGCGGUUGAGUCUCCGCUUCCUCGCCUCCGUCGUGAUCAGAAACAAAUCAUUCCGCCUUGGGCACGGAAAGAAGUUGUGAAACCAGCCUCCCCCCAGCCUGAGAAGCCCCCUGAGAAGAAGUUCGAGCACCCUACUCGUCACCCUCACUGGGGAGGAGCUGCUGUCGCCUCCACCAAGCAGCAGUGUACCAAGCCCAGUGAGUAUCCUUACUACGAUGCGAUCAUUGCCGGGCUGAAUAGGACAUACAACAAGCCAAAGCCCAAGGCUGGAAGCCCUCCUGGCCCUACGAAGAUUCCCAAGCCUGAGCAGCGCGCUGCAUCUCCGUACCGGCCGGUCCGGAGCAAAGUCCAGAAGCCAACAAGGCCCCACGACAGCCAGAACUACAGCACUUGGAGCAAAGAUGCGCUCCUCAAUGAGGUCAACCUUCGCCACCUGUACCACGACAGCGAGGACUCGUCCCACCUCGCGUCCAUCCUUGCGAUGCAUGACAAGGAGUUCCUCCGGAAGUGCUUGAAGCUUUCAAACUUGAAGACCUCGAAGGAUCUCAGGAGAUAUGCUGACCGCCUGAACAUGGUGGUUUCGGACCACGGUGUCGGACAGUACCAGCCUCUCGUCGAGGAGAUGGCUGAGGAGCUGGCUCGGAGGACUGUUUCUCGGCAUAACGAGAAGGCGCGCAUGUUGAAGAAGGAGCCAGUUCCCGAGACGAAGACCAAGGAUCUGAUACCAGAUAAGAAGAUUGUGAAGGCUGGUGCCAAGAAGAUUCCAGCCGAAGCUUCACAGAAGACCGCGUCAAAGUCCACAACGGUCACCUUGAAGAACAUCCUCGGGUUGAUUAGCAAGGAGGUCAACCCCAACGACUCUGGCUACUCAUCGCCUUCGAGGAAGCCUUCAAGCUCCCCUCAGGAGCGAUCAUUGUCAGAUGGGGAUGACAACCUGCAGAAGCCGUCGGUGGUAGCAGAUGAGAAGCCUACAGACAGUAAGAAGCGCUCUCUUCCUGUUGAGUUCAAGAAGGAGACUCAGGCGUCUCCAAAGCGGAACAAGAUUACACUCGAGAACGAGAUGGAGUCCCGGAAGAAGAAGGCGCAUCGAGCGCGAAAUGCAACCGCAACCGCCACUGCCACUGCCGGCGAUGAUGGCGAAGAGAUGGAAGUCGACUCCGCCCAGCCAGCGCCUGUCUUCGUGUUCGGUGCGUCCGCUCAAGCCGCAGAACCGACGCCUGCAGCCAAGGAGACUGUCUCAGCCGAGGAGGUCGAGUCCGAGAGCGAUGUGGCCGAAGAGGAGGAGGAGGAGGUUAUCGUCGCCGCACCCAAGACCUCCCAGAAGCGCAAGUCACUCACCACCGAAGACGAUGAGAACGCAGAGCAGCUUCCUGCCAAGGUGGCGAAGCACAACCCGUCCAGGCCAGUUGCUGCGCGGACGAAGAAGGCUGGCAAAGACAAGCAGUCAAAGGAGCUGGAGGGUAUCCCAACAGAGGAGCGUAUCCCGGGCCAGGUGUACGUCCCAUUGCGCGACGGUUCCUGGAAGCUUUCGCAGUCGAGCAGGGCGUCAAAGAAGCCCGCUGAGUCUGCGCUUAAGUACAUAGUCAAGUGA